AUGGAGACGCAUCGAGAGCGCCCGAAACUUCAUCAUGGAUCUUCUAACAAAGUGGAGCUUAGCAUAUCAACAGACGAAUCUGAGCUGAGAUCUUCCUCCUGCUCAACACCUCGGACGCGACAGCUUUCGGGGGCGUGCCCCCUUAGUCAUGCAUACCAGGUAUACUCAGAGCUGCUUCCUCUUCCCCGUAUCCCAUGUCUCGGCGGUGUUAAGAAGCUCCUGUGUGUGGUGCUGGUUGUGGUAGUCCUGGUUGUGGUCCUUCUUGGGGUCCUCAUGAUGGGUCUGCAUUUGAGCCAGAAACACACAGAGACGAUUUUCCAAAUGUCUCUGCAUGAUAAAGCGGAUGACAAGCUAAGAAGUAAUGGUGUGGCAACCUUCCAUCUUGACACUGGCAUCAACACUUCGGCUAGUGUUGUAUACGACUACAGCAAGCUGUUGAUCUGCACUCGCCCACGCCCCGGACACGCAUGUUAUAUCACACAUAUGGAAUCAGAACGCGUACAGAGUCUUCAGAACAUUGCCGAAAAUGUGCUGAGCAAGGUGAGCUCUGAGGCUGUCAAACUAAAUGAUCCCCUUAAGUUGGUGAGUGAUCCUUCCAUCUUGGGCACUACCAUCCGAGUGCUGUGCGGAGACCUGCCAGUCUACUGGACCUAAUAGAACUUUCAACAUCUUGUGACCAUCCAUGUCCCUCACACACUUCUACCUGCCAUGUCUAGACUCGCCACGUAAACUAGAAUUCUGUACAAAUGUUCAUUCAAUUUCUGCGUAUGUCUACACACUUACUGCCACCUCCCUCUCAGGUGAAGUCUAUAGAUUAUAUAUUGAUACUAUACUUAUGUAUAUUUUUACCACUACCCAUCAAUAAUGAAGUUUGAGAUGGUGUAACCCAUAGCAGCCAAUACAACGGUUGGUUGCACUGGUAUAUGGCCCAUCUAAUAAGCCCUAUAGUGUAUACACCAAGGAUCCCUGCAUGUGCCUACUUUCUUCUAUUUGAAGCUCCAUUCCUGGAUGCCAUAUACAAACCUGUCCGUGUUAUGUGCCUUUUCUCAUGUCUGAAAUUUAUUGUAGAAAAUAACAGUCAAAUCAAAUGUUUGCAAAAAUAAAAAUUUCCGCAU